AUGGUCAAUCUGCAAGCUACGCUUAUUUCGUUGCAGGCUAUCUGCUUCAUCUUGAAUCUACCGCCUUCGAUAUGGCAUAUCAUGAACAAAAACAUCCCUGCGCUCACGCUUUUAAUCUAUGUCGAGAUACUAAUGAUGGACGGGUUUAUCAGCGCUAUUGUCUGGGGAGGGCCCGACUACGUCAAUGCGUGGAACGGGAAGGUGUGGUGUGAUAUUAUGGUCAGAAUCCAGCUUGCUGCUUCGGUGGGUAUCUCGUCAUCGAUAUCCUGCGUGAGUUUCAAUUUGCUGAUGAUCUUCCUGACCAACCGAAUGACGACGUUUUGGUUCGGCAACAAGUGGGUGAAGCCAUGCUGUGAGGUGUUUUUCUCAAUUGUGUUCCCCUUCAUUAUCUCUGGAGUGGCAUAUCUGGCGCAAAGCUUUAGAUACCUUAUCAGCAGAUAUUCCGGGUGCUCUCCGCCGCUGGUGACGGACUCGAUUUCGGUUGUGACGUUCUACCUGUGGAUAUUUGUGUGGAACUUCAUCAGCAUGGCGAUCUCCCUGGCCACUUUGAUUCUGUUUUUCAAGAAGAGGAGAGCAGCCAAGGACAUUUUGGUCUGCACCAAUUCAGGCUUAUCGGUAAAGAGGUUCAUCAGGCUAUUGACGUACUGCAUAUUGGUCGUUUGCUCGUCAAUUGUCUUUUCUGCGGUGCUUGGCUCCAUCCUGGUGAUCAAGAAGGGGGUGUUCUACGAGAAGGAGAUUGCCCAGAGGAGGAAGUGGGGGACAUACAUUGUUGCGUCACGGAACAGCGAGUCGGAUAUCAACACGUGGGUGCUCAUCACCAUUUCGUUUGUGAGCUUCUUCCUCUUUGGAGUUGGCGAAGACGCUGCGAAGAUGUACUGCACGAUUGUGUCGAAGCUU